AUGGAUGCAGAAAUGGAUUCCCAGGGGAGCGUGACCGGCGACAGCCAAUCUCAAGGCGGAUCGGUGGAACUCUUCUGCGCAAGCCAAGACGUCGACUGUUUUCUAAAAGGAGACACGGUCUCUCAGAAUUUAAUGGACUGCGCUUCUUUAAGCCGGCGCAGUGAUCCUUCGCUCGCCAGCGUAAGUAGCAGUCCGGCCGCUGCGCCGUGUUCCAACGGACAAAAGUCAAAAAGGCCCAGUUCUCCCGGUACUCACCCUGGGAAAGCCUCCUGCGUCACAGCGAAAUCCCCAAAUUCCAAAGCGAGGAAGGGCCCGUCGGCCGACAACGUGGUAAUGCAAAGUCCCGACAGCCCCGUCGGUAAAACGCUGCCAGGUGCUUGCGGCGAAGCUCGGAGCGGUGUCCCGGAAACCGACGCCGCCCGUUCGGCCGUGGCGGACGACUCGUCAGAUUUAAGCCAAGACUUGCUUUGCGACCAGUCAGGUGCCACUGAAAGCGUUCCAUCCCCUGCCAAUGACGUGACUAGAAGAUGGCUGGGGACCCCCAUCGAUGAGCUGAACAGGAUGCCCCAGUGCGCCCCCCCACUUUCUCACCUGAAAGCCGUGCCUAGCUGUCACACUGUCACAGUCAGGACAGAUCUCCUGAGAGAAGGAGAGGUUCCCGUCCCGUAUCCCGGCAAGUUCAAAGACGUGUGGGACGACACGUCCGUCAAGAUGCCUUGCUCCGAGAAGAAUCUAUUUCCCAUGGAGACGGAGGACGGUGGCGGUGUUCAGAGUCGCUGGGAGUUAAUCCACUCCGCCUUGCAAGGAGGCUUCAAAAGUUCUCUAGAUGUGCGGGACGCCAUCUUGAGAUAUAACACGGCACAUGCGAAGAAAUGGGACUUCACUGCCCUCAACCUCCUUUGCACCGAGUGUCUGGAGCAUUGCGAGGUUCAGCACCUUUACGAGGCCGUACUGCCUUCCAUGGUCAAGCUGGCACUCAGCGCUCCGCGCCUCUGCACGAUGCCCAUCCCCUUGCUAAAGUCACGGAUGAACCAUUCCCUAACCAUGUCUCAGGAGCAAAUUGCCUGUCUUCUGGCCAACGCCUUCUUUUGCACGUUCCCGCGACGCAACUCCCGCAAGUCGGAGUACUGCAACUAUCCCGAGAUCAACUUCUACAGAUUAUUUGAAGGCUCCUCACCACGAAAGAUUGAAAAGUUGAAAACACUCAUCUGCUACUUUAGGAGGGUUUCACAGACCAGACCAAAGGGACUUGUGACAUUCACAAGACAAACAAUAAACACGCUUCCAAACUGGGAAAACUGCCAGACUGAGCUGACACGCUUACAUAUCACUUGCGAAGGGACAAUUGAAGACGACGGUUACGGGAUGCUGCAGGUGGACUUUGCGAACCGAUUCGUAGGCGGUGGCGUCACGGGUCACGGCUUGGUCCAAGAGGAGAUCCGGUUCCUCAUCAACCCUGAACUUAUAGUGUCCAGGCUCUUCACAGAAGCAUUAGAGCACAACGAAUGCCUCAUAAUUACAGGUGCUGAGCAGUACAGUCGAUAUUCUGGCUAUGCUGAAACUUACAAAUGGGACGAGUGCUACAAAGAUGAGACUCCCAGGGACGAAUGGCAGAGACGAUGCACGGAGAUCGUGGCCAUUGACGCGCUGAAAUACAAACACUUCCUGGAGCAAUUUGUCCCUGAAAAGAUGACCAGAGAGCUCAACAAAGCUUACUGCGGAUUCUUCCGGAAUAACGCCAACACAAAGCACCUGUCCGCGAUCGCCACCGGCAACUGGGGCUGCGGCGCUUUCGGCGGAGACACGCGUCUCAAAGCGCUGAUUCAACUGAUGGCGGCGGCAGAGGCGGGCAGGGACGUGGCUUACUUCACAUUUGGAGACGCCGCACUCAUGCGAGAUGUUCACCACAUGCACGCCUUCCUGACUGAGAGACACGUCACUGUGGGUAGGCUGUACGGGCUCCUGAACCAGUACGCUAACUCUGUUUGCAAGAACUGCCGCGCCGCCAGACCCGACGUCGGCCUCUACGAUUUCAUCUAUCGGAAGGUCUCGUCCCCUGACGCCGCCUCGGACUUUUCUAAGGACUCCGGGAUGUCCCCCGUGACGUCGGAUUGUCAUUAA